AUGGCCGGUGACAAACAACCCCCGUCUACGCCCAAGGACGCGUCAACGCCCUCCACAACAGCAACCGACCGUCUCGCGCAAGUCAGCGCGCACAUCACACCCAACACACCCAAGCGCAGACGUCGGAAAGGAGCAGACUCAGACCUACCUGCCGACUACUCAGAUAUCCUGGGUCAAAUCACCGCUCUACGCAAGAUCGCUGCAACACCGGACCCGAAGAACAGGGGUUAUGUACGGCAAAAGCAGGCAGGCAAGCUGUGGGUCCGGGAGAGAGUUGAGCAGUUGCUCGAUGCAGGAAGCUUUCAGGAGGUGGGCAGCGUAAGUGGGACAGUCAAGUGGAGGCAGACGGGACCGAGUAAGGAAGAGCCGGUUGAGUAUGUGCCCUCGAACAACGUCCAGGGGUUUGGAAAAUUGAGAGGGAGAAAGGUAGUUUUCACGGCAGACGAUUUUUCAAUCAGAGCUGGACAUGCUGAUGGAGCGUUGAUGGAGAAGACGAUAUACAUGGAGAAGCUCGCAAUAGCUCUCAAGUUGCCGAUUGUCAAGCUUGUCGAUGGAUCUUCCGGCGGUGGCUCUGUGACUACGAUUCGCUCGACUGGCUUUUCCUACGUGCCUCCACUGCCUUCCUUCUCCCAAGUUGUGCAGCAGUUGAAUCUGGGAAUCUCCAACCUGGGCGCCGUUGUAGGUCCAGCUAUCGGUCUCGGAGCCGCAAGAGUGGUCGCCUGUCACUUCUCAGUCAUGGCUGCAGACAUCGGCUCUCUUUUCAACGCAGGACCCAGCGUCGUGGCCAACGCAACAUUCGAAGAAGGAUUAUCAUUCACCGAUCUAGGCGGGCCAGCCAUGCACUGCACCAACGGUACCAUCGAUAAUCUCGCCCCAGAUGAAGCAGGAUGUUUUGAACAGCUGCGUACCGUACUCAGCUACCUACCCAACAUUGGCACUCAACUACCGCCAACCAUCAAAUGCUCAGACCCCAUCGAUCGCGUCUGCGAGAACCUCCGUACCGUCAUACCGCGGGCAAAAAACAGGAUGUACAACCCCCGCACCAUCAUAAUCUCUGUUGUCGACAGCUCCUCGUUCUUCGAAAUCGGUGCACUAUGGGGCACGACCGCCAUCGUCGGGCUGGCCCGGUUCGACGGGAGACCAGUCGGUAUCGUAUCUCUAAACUGCGAAGUCAAUGCCGGAGCGCUCGAUGCCCUCGGGAGCCAAAAGAGAACGCGCAUGCUGAAGUUCCUGGACGUGUUCAACAUUCCCCUGAUUCAAUUUGUCGAUAUACCGGGGUACGCCAUCGGGACCGUAGCAGAGCGCACGGCGACCAUGCGCCACGGUAUUUCGCUCGCAACGACGUACUACGCUACCACGAUGCCCAUCUUCAGCGUCGUUGUGCGCCGCGUGUACGGCGUAGCGGGCGGCAUCAUGCUGGACUGUCGUGAUCCGAGGAUGCGCGUUGCGUGGCCGUCUGGUCUCUGGGGGUCGUUGCCACUCGAGGGCGGUAUUGAGGUCGGACACUCAUUUGAGCUCAAGGAGAUUGAGCGGAGAGAGGGGAAAGAGAAGAGAGACGAGAGGUACAAGGAGUUGGAGGACGAGUACAAACGGCUAAUGAACCCUGUAAGAACGGCGAAUGCUUUUGGCAUUGAAGAGAUUAUCGAUCCAGCGUACACAAGGAGGGCGUGCUGUGAGUGGGUGGACCAUGUGUAUGAGAGUCUGUUGCCGCAGAGGGUCAUGGAGAGAGUUGCUGGGAAGCUAAAUCCGUUGUUCACAUAG